AUGCAGCAAAGCACCAUCUUUCCCGCCGACUCGACAGAAUUCGUUCCAAAUAAAUACUACAGCGAAUAUUUCGUAUGCGGAACGUACCAUUUAGCCAAAAACGACGAUACCAGAGAGGACGAGCCAUUGGUACAAUCAUCCAAUGGUAAACUGCGGCAAACACGAAUUGGGCAAUGCUUGUUGUUCCGAUGUAACUCGGAUGGUACAUUCCAACUAUCGCAAACAGUUCAGAUUCCCGCUGUACUGGACAUGAAGUGGAGUUUUGAGGAGCGCGAAUCCCCUCGACUUGCUAUUGCAGAGGCCCAAGGCGUGCUUAGGUUUUAUGAUCUGGAAUCUACCCCGAACGGGGACUCGCCCGCCCAAUUGAAGGAGAUCCAACAAGUCCAGGCCACGGAAGCUACCAAUUUGUGCUUAUCACUUGAUUGGUCAAAUCGACGCGAGCUGACUGGAUCGAAUGGCAAAGUCGUAGUCUCGAUCUCAGAUGGCUCAAUAUGUACUGUGGAGCCAGUGGAUGGAAUGUAUGCGGUCACGCGAGAAUGGCAUGGACAUGACCACGAGCCAUGGAUCGCCGCUUGGAACUAUUGGGACACCAAUGUCGUCUACACUGGUGGUGACGAUAUAUGCUGGAAAGGAUGGGACAUCCGUACAGACUUGACUUUUCCAACAUUUGUAAACAAGCGAUCAUUCGAGGGCGGCGUCACGUCUAUCCAAGCGCAUCCUCACGUUGAGAACUAUGUGGCAGUGGGAAGCUACGACGAACAAGUUCGACUCUUUGAUGUUCGAAAACCGGCGAAACCAGUCACUACGGUACAUGUAGGAGGAGGCGCAUGGCGCGUCAAGUGGCAUCCAUCUCCGACACGCAAAACUGACCUCCUCAUCGCCUGUAUGCACGAUGGCUUCAAGGUAGUGAGAUUCACAGACGCAUGCUUUGGAUCAUCGAGCUCGGAGGGCGUUUGUGAGGUUAUCACGCGCUUUGACAAGCACACCUCGCUCGCUUACGGCGUCGAUUGGCAACAUUACGGCAAAGGAGAAGAGACAUUGGUGGCUAGUUGCUCGUUUUAUGAUUGUUCACUGAUGACUUGGAAAGCGUAA